GGGAGUCGAGCGGAAGUCACUCUGAGGCGCCGUCAGUGGAGGCAAGUGAGCGCCUUCCUGGAGUUGGCGUGUCGGGACCUUGUGAGGGUGACACGGUCCUAGUAGGUGAAGGGUAAGGCUGUCGCACGGUCCCGAUCGCUCCCCGACUUAAACACUGGGACUCUGGGGUGGAAUUGGGCUAUUUGCUGAAGCUUCUUUACCUGGUAGCCCAGGGAAAAAUUUACAUUUUGAUUUUUUUUUUGUCAUGGCUUUGGUUCAUAAAUUGUUGAAUGGCACUUAUAUUCUCAGAAAAUGCCCAAAGCCAAGAGUUGUCUUCUGUCCAUUUUGGGGUACUCACUUUGCAGACUAUUGUUCCAGUAGUUUUCAGAAACCAGUGGCUGCUCCUGGCAAAGCCUCUUCUCAGAGGAAGACUAAAGGGAAUUUGGAAGAACAUCACCAGAGAGAAGUUGCUUUGGAAAUAACUUCUCCUGAGGACAAGCCUGAAAUUAGUUUUGAUAAAGCAAUUAAAGAAGAAAUGAAGGGCCAUUUUAGGCAUUUGAAGGAUGAUAUUGUGAAUUAUUGGAUAGGGCCUGAAGGCCGCCCUCUGCAUGAGGUCUUGAUGGAACAAGCCAAGGUUGUCUGGCAAUUCCGUAGCAAAGAAGAUUUGGAUAAGUGGACAGUAACUUCUGAUAAAGCGAUUGGUGGCAGAAGUGAAGUGUUCCUGAAAAUGGGCAGGAAUAACCAAAGUGCACUGCUGUAUGGAACUCUGAGCUCUGAGGCGCCCCAGGAUGGGGAAAGUGGCCGAAGUGGGUACUGUGCAAUGGUAUCCAAGAUUCUAAGGGGCCCUUUUGAGAUGAAGAGAUCUUAUGAUUGGUCCCACUUCAACACUCUGUAUCUCCGUGUCCGUGGAGAUGGUCGACCUUGGAUGGUGAAUAUCAGGGAGGACACGGAUAUAAUCCAGAGGAAGGAUCAGAUGUACAGUUACUUCAUGUUCACCCGUGGGGGGCCCUACUGGCAGGAGGUCAAGAUUCCUUUCUCCAAAUUUUUCUUCUCUAAUCAAGGAAGAAUCCGGGAUGCCCAGUACCAGCUUCCGCUCGACAAGAUCUCAUCUAUUGGAUUCACCCUGGCUGAUAAAGUGGAUGGUCCAUUCUUCUUGGAAAUAGAUUUUAUUGGAGUAUUUACAGAUCCGGCCCACACAGAAGAAUUUGCCUAUGAAAAUUCUCCAGAGCUUAAUCCAAGACUUUUUUAAAUAGUGAUCAUGUGGUAUUUCUCUAUUGCUGAGGGUAGAAUCCACAGUGACACAAAAAUAAAGUAUUUUUUUAAAUGGUAUCCAAA